AUGCGAUCAUUAGUUCCAAUUGGUUCAAAACAUGGCAUCGACUUCAAACGAAUUCAAAACGAAAUAAUAAUUAAGCAUGACAUACAAGCUUCAAUCGGAACCGAUUUGGAUGAUCAAAAGAUUUUAAACUUAAUCAAAAUCAAGACAAGCGGGAAUGGGGCUGUUGCGGUUUGGCAGGCAAUAGAUGAUGGUGUUGAGCGGUUGAUAAGGGAAUCAGCGGAGGUUGCUGUUGGAAACGAGAGGAGGACGUUCGGCGUUGGUGAUGAUGAUAUUGAAUGGAGUGUGGCGGAGAUAUACAGAGGUUGCGGUGUUCAAUGA